GGACUUUUAAUCAGUUUUGGGGCCAACCUCACACAGAGCAGUUCGGUAGACUAGCCUAAAUUCCAAAUUUGUUCGUUAAAUAACAGUUUUUCGUAUUUGGUUUAUCUUUUGGCCAUUUUCCAUUUGCCGUUUUCCGCCAUGAACACCAUGAAGUCCGACGACAAGCCCUUCAAUCCGUUCUACAUUGGUCCGCAUCCCAGCAAGGCGUGUGCGAUCCCCGAGAUUCCCGGCCAGCAGUGCUCGCCCAACUGCCAGCCGCCGGAGAACCAGUCCAAGCGUAAUUCGGCGACCAAGCCAGAUUCAGGCCACGAUCACAUGGGCGUGUCCAACGGAGCUGCCGGCGGCACGCUUAUCAUGAGCAUGGCCAACAUUUACAGCACCGUGGAGGUCCUGGCAGCCGCCGCCCAACUGGGACAGGCGAGCGGAUCGGGAGCGGGAGCAGGAGCGAUAGUGGAAGCGGUAGUCGAAGCGGAAGCGGUAGUGGAAGCGGUAGCGCAAGCGGGAACGGCAAAAACGGAUCACGGACCGUCGGCGCCCCACAACACAAUAUGCAAGCCAUAUCCCUGCAUGGAGGGCGCCCGCACCGAAACUGAAGGCUGUGAUUAGUGAAGAGGACAACGAACGGGAGUCAACAAUCAAUCCACCAACUGGCCAUUUCAAAAACUACUACUUCCAUCAGAGGUAGCCCCAAAAACUUUAAUAAAUAACUUGGAAAAUCAA